GGUAAAUACGAAAUCGAAUCUUGAGAGGGUAGUCUUACUGAUACCUGCAUACGUAAUACUAAGUUGAACAAUGUUAUAGCUCCCUGAAAUUGAACUAUUUAUUUAAAAUAUAGUUUUUAGAAUUUUUUUUAUUAGUUUUUUUAGUAAUUUUAAUUUUAAUUAUGGCGCCACAAAAAGGAAAGACUGGCACUAAAGGACAAAAACAAAUACUUGAAGAAAAUUUGUCCACCCUGAAUUUUUAUCGAAAUAUGAUAAUUGCUGUUAGCUUAAUAUAUAUUGUGUAUAAUUUAGCAUUUGGAAAUGUUUUUUCACUUACGAAUAUUUUUUUUUAUCUUUUAGUUAUUGUAUCACAUGGAGGAAGUUAUCGCUUUAUGUCUUAUAUGGCAAAUGCAAAGUAUACAGAGAGUGGUCAAUUGCUUGAUUCUGGUACUGAUUUAAAUAUGGAAGGAGGAUUAGCCGAACAUACGAAAGAUUUAAUUAUUUUGACAUCAGGAUGUCAACUUUUAUCAAUAAUUAGCAAUUACUUUUGGUUAUUAUGGUUAUUAGCACCAGGAAGAGCAUUUUAUAUAUUAUGGACUAAUUUUUUGGGACCAUAUUUUAUGCAAAGCUCUGCUGAUAAUAUACCUGAGGUGAAUGAAAAAAAACAAAAGAAAUUAGAAAGAAGACAAAAAAGACAACAAAAUGUACGAUAUUAACUUCUUAAUAUUAAAUAAUUGUAUUGAGUUAAUUGUUAUUGAUAAAAAAAAAAACUUUCUUGUGUCUAUUGAACUAUGAUUUAUUUUAUAUUAUAUAUAAUUAUUAUUAUAAGUUUUCAUUUCUUUCUUUUCUAAUGUCACUUAGAAUAAUUUUGUGGAUAACAUUUUUUUUUGUAUAUUUAGUUUUUGUACUUGAAUACAUAUUGUAAGACUAUUAACAAAACAUAAAAUAAAAAUGUAUAAAU